UCAUAUCGCUUGGCUUGUGACUUGAAGCCAACGGCGUAAGAUUUUCAGUUCGGAAAGUAACGUCUAGUCGAACGGUUGGCUGUAAUUACUGCGGAAUUUGUGGACUUCCUUUUCGAGGUGUCGUUCUCCGGGGUCGUUUUUUUUUCUCUGCGGAUUCUUGAACGCAAACGUACUUAUCGUUUAAGGAAUGCCUGGAUUCGGCUUCCCCUUCUGUGACGUGGUUUUUGGUCUUGAAAUGUAUUGAUACAUUAGUGCAGAGACCGAGUGUGUUGUUUUCGUUGUUAAGUGAUUUGAUUCAUAUGUUUAAAGCUUCAGUGAGAAGUUAGUUUUAGCGGAGGAGGAGUGAGCUGAUGUCAUAUUACCAUAAACUACGGUUGGUGACAUUGUUUAUUUAGUGCAAAAAUGAUGCAUAUGUGAUCGGAGCUGGUAACCGUACAGCGUGACAUAAGAUACAGUUAUUACUAAAGUCCUCGUUUAAAAAUAACAACCGUCGCGAGAAAAUUGAAAACAAUUAAACAAAUGGCUACGCAAACCAUACCGGGUCCGCAGUCGGGUAGAAGUGCAUCAGCGAAUCCACAGCUCAAAAGCCUGGUCUAUUCCAAGUACCGCGAGCUGCUGGGCUCCUAUAAUGGGAAAGCGAAUGAGAUACUGCAAUCGUAUCCGGCGUACAUGGUGAAAGAAGACAAAGGAUUCGACUUCGUAGACAACUAUGGCGGUCCACCACAAUCCACAAUUGGCAGCUCGGCACGGCGAAUACAGGCACAGCUGCCGGCUGAACCACCGGCCUGCGUUCAAAACGCCAUGAUGCGUCGUGAUAAGCAACCGUUCACAUACACUCCCGGUGGUAUUGACCUAUCGCAGAUCAAGUCUCCACGUAUGGCCAAACGGAUAUCACGGAACGCGCAGUCGGAGGGUGUGAGUAAUCAACCGAAGGUCUCCCCACUAGCACAGAAUAAUAACACUAGCAGUAGUAGUAACAGUCCAUCUGCAGUGUCACCUGCAGCAACGUUAGGAGCUGCCGCCAUGGGUAUGCCCUUCCAGGUGUUCCCCACAGGUCCACCAGCUCCUCCCCCUCCACCUCCGCCAAGUGCAGCCAAGAAGCCAACACAAAUACAAACCAACGGUAACAGUGCACCUACUCCUCCUCCACCACCGCCACCACCGGCGCCUUCGGUUGAGAAAAUGCCUCCGAAGCCACAAAGCUUCGAGCCUCCCCCAAUGGGAUGUAGGCCAGAGAUCAAAAUCCCACCGAACCCGAUGUCAAAUCUUCGCAAAGCUCCACGACCUCAACCGAAGAAUGACUUCUGGAUCGAGGAGUAUCGAAACGAGAAGCGCAAUGAUAUGGAUAAUCCUGUCCAUCAGAUGCCCGUCUACUACGCCAAAGAAGCAGACGAAGAAGUCGCUAAGAAUACUCAGAAUCGCACAGAUCAACUUACCGUUAGGAACGAAUCACCUAAAAAUCGUUCACCAAGCCCAUCCAAUCUAACUAAACCGCUCGAAAACGGUUCACGGGUGUCAUCUAUCAAGACACCUCCAGUCUAUAGUCAUAGUCCAGUUCCACCCAAUCUCCCACCACCAAUUACACCGACUAAAGUGUCACAACCAUCAUCAAAUCUGUCCAUCAACUCCUCAGUGACACCACAGCAAGACAAGGAACAGUCUCCCAAGUUACGACAAUCGUCACCAUCAUCAUCUACUCCAUCAUCGUCCGCUACCAACGAAACCCCUGUCAGCUCAAGCAACACUCCUACCAACACAAACGCCUCAACGGUAAAACCCCCUACACCACAAAAGCCAGCCCCACAAGCAUUAGGUUCCCUUUACAUACCACCACCUCAUGAAGCAUUUGCUAAUAGCAAGCAGAGUCUACUCCAUCAAACAAGCCCACCAUGGAUGUCAUCACGACAAAACAGUGCUAAAGAACAGCCCGAAUGGGUUCAUAAAGAUGACCCUGCUUACUUAGGACCCAAACAAUCGGUGUCCAAGUCUAACAGUAACGAAACAGCUACUAAACCUCCGGAACCUAUCGCUACAGCUCCACCAAGCCCACCGAAGCCUGCUCCAAUACCACAGCAACAAAUCCCACAAUCCACCCCAUCAGCAAGCAGACCACAGACAAUCGAAUUGUCCUCUCCCAAUCUACCAGCAAUUUCACAAACACACUACAUACAGUUACAAAACCCGGUGGCGAAGGUCACGCCACCACCCAUCGUACAGCAAGCACCACCGCUCACAAUGCCGACAGCUCGGAGCUAUCAACAGACACCGGUAUACGUGCAGAAUCAGGUAUACUCUCCACAGCCGGCGACGUCCCAGAAGCAGGAACGUAUUAUACCCAUACAAAUCGAGCAAUCUCCGAUCAAAACGCCGGCUUCAGCACCAAGUUUUGCACCACCCCCGUACUACAGUCCAGGACCACAAUACAACAACGUUCAAUCGCCGCUUACAGUCGGCUAUCCAGGUCCACAUAGUGGUUUCACAACACCGACCGCGAUGUUUAGCAAUCCGAACCACUUUGUGAACCAGGGUUACAACAACAUAACCUACCCUCCGACGUCCCCGCAGCACCCUAUGUACCAACAGCAUCAUCAACACUAUCCACAACCACCACCAGCUGCAUUGCAACAACAACAACAACAGCAACUGCUACAACAACAACAACAGCAGCAACAACAACAACAACAACAGCAACAAAUGAUGCACCAACAGCGCAUGCAACAACAGACUUCGACGCAGCAAUCCGGUGGGGUGCGAAUCAUACCGAUCAAGGUCGAAAACAAUGACAACGGGACUAUGGCCACGACCGUCCGUGGACCCUUAUCACAUACGCCAGCGAUCAUUCAAAGUGACCCGCGAAGCAGUAACAAUGCACAGGCCUGGAAUGGAAGCAAUGCGCCUAACCAGUCCCGUUCGUUCAGAGUGCUACAGCAAAUCACCGACACUUUGGAAGAUGCGGAAUCUAGAUCGAAACCGUCGACUCCAAAGCCGGCAGUCGAACAACAGCAACAACAAUCCGGCAACGUCGAAGGAGCGGAAAGUCAACUACGCAGGAUGCAGUUGACCCAAGAUGACAAGGCACUUAUGAAUCGAGUCAAGAAUCAAGUCGAUGGAGAAGUAUACCUCCAUAACGAAGAAGAUCCCCGCUAUCGUGGUGCAGCAAUACCUUCGAAGGCUUUCAGGUAUUUGCAGAACAUGACCGAUGGCGGUCAGGCCGCGAACUCGAACAGUGCCGGCUCAUCGAACCGCACCAACCAAAUGUUUGUGCAAAAUCGCGGCAACGUCAGUGAGUCAGAGGAUGACACGGCACAGCAAUAUGUUCCCCCCAGCGAGCAGAGGGUGGAAGAACCGAAGAAAUACACCGGAAGUGCUAUUCCGAGCCGAUCAUUCAAGAUGCUACAGGCCAUGACCCAAUCGGACGCUCCUGCCGAUACAAAUUCCUCUGACAUUGAAGGUAAUCAAAAUUUACCAUGCAACGGCGAGAUUCGAUAUUCAUCCUAUCCUUACCCGCCUCAGCCCUACUAUUGUUGCAAUCCCAAUUGGCACUAUUACGAUCCUAACAAUCCUCAGUACUAUCCUCAUCCGUCGCCUCCUCCUCCUCCACCUCAUCAUGCACCCGGUUACUACUAUCCUCCACCACAACCACCACCACCACCGCCACACGGUCAUUACGAUCGGGCUGCGUAUUAUGCCGGCUACAUGUCACCACAUCAUUUCUACUAUCCACAAGAACCAUGCUCACCUUGCACACCCCCACCGUACUAUCAGAUAGGUCAACCGCAGGUCGCAUACUGCGAGAAUGCCGUUCCUGAAUCACCAUCGCACACCUACGUCAUCACAACGCCGCCUCCACAACUCAUCGUCACCCCCACGCACGAGUCCGACUCGGAUGUUGAGUCUAUUAUGAGUGACUUCAACAAUCAAGCAAUUCCAUUAACCCGCUCCCAAAGCAGUUUGCAACGUCUAUCGGAACGCCUUGCCAACUUUAAUUCUUCUCCGGAGAAGAUUUUCCCCACCGAUCCGGAACCCAUGGUACGCUGUUCACCCAGCAGUCCAUUGAAUGAAAGGUACCGUACCUUUGAGGAAAGUACCUCUUCGGCACCUUCCUCUCAGUCUGAAUGUUCAGACUCGGAAGAGGAAGGCCACACAAAGAAGGCACUGACUUCUGAAACCGCACAAACAGAGCCAACACAAAAUGGUGCCGGUAAUUGUGAAGAACACAUGGAACACGAAGAUGAGGAAAGUAGCGAAGAAAGCGAAGAUGAAGCUACAGUAGGUUACGAUAACAAUCCACCGGAACAUUUGCCCCAUCAACUGAGUGUUAUCUUCGAAGAAGAAAGCAAUUAUUCUGGUUCAGCCAAUCCCAGCCGAAGGGCUAGCAUUUGUAGCAAUAGUUCCACAUUGAGCGAUUGUUCUUCUACAUUGGCCAACGACUUGGACGACUAUGACGAUCAAGCUCAAGAAGGGGAUGAAAAGAAACCCGAUUGUGGUAAUCAUACGGACGAUGACAUUGAUCGCUUGGACGAAGACGAAUGUAGCUCGAAUGAUCAGUCUGAAGUAUCGGUUAAGGUUACUUCAGCAGUGACUGUUGAUGCCAAACAGCACGAGUCUGACAGCGGAUCGGAAUCGGACGACGAAUCUACCGAAGACGAAGAGGAAGAAGAGGAGAUCGACGGAGACGAAGAACAGAAUGAAGACUCAAAAGAUAAUGGAGCAGACAAAUCUACGCCUAAAACAGGUGGAACAGUUGUGGAAUCAAUGGCAAAGCAUACUGAAGUAGUAGUAGUAGUAGCGGAAAGUGAAGAAGAUGAUAGCGAAGCUGAGGAAACCGAGACGGAAUCGGAAGAUGAAAUUGGAACUGCGGACGACGCAGUACACACGGAUGUAACUGUCACAAUUACUAUACCUUCCAUGAGCAGUAAAUCGAAUGACUGCUCCAAAGAAAAUAGCUCUAUGUCUAAGAAAAUUGAAGAACCAACACCCAGAUUCACUGUAGACUAUGAGGAAGAUUCAAACGUGUCGGUUUCGGUUUCAUUACCAUUGAAGGUGAAAUCAGAGACAAACUUUGAGCAAACGGAAAACAUCAAGAAAAUCGAUGAUACUGGAAAACAAAACGAAGAGCCGCAGAAAGAAGAAGAUGAUGAUGAAGAAAUAGACUUUUGGAGCCAGAUCGGCGAAGAUGACGAUGUGAGUCGACCCAGCAUUUCAAGGAACCUAUGGAGCAGCCGAGAGGUUAGCGUCGAUCGGGACGGCGAAUGGAACCAUGAACACGAUGAAGAAAAUAAUGACGAAGGAGAUACUGACUUUUGGAGUAGUGAGAAUGGUCCUACCGAAGCGAUCGACCUAUGGAGGAAAGAUCCCGUAGUAGAAACCUUCUUGGAUCGACAGAAGAACGAAAACACAAAUGAUUCGAUACACUUUUGGCAAAGCGAAAACGAAAGAAUGUUUCACAGUUUAUACAAUAGCAAGCGAAGAAAUCCUGACAACGAUACCGGAAAAGAUAGUGGACUUAUGGAUGAGAAUAAUAAUACGAGUACCUGGGAUAAAAUAGGCCAAAUGGCGGAUACAGAACGCAAAGCCACAGACAAAACGACAGCAGACGAAUGCGAAGCUGAGAAGGGAGUUCCAUCACAUGAAUCGGAAGAAGAGACUGAAACAGAGAGCUCAGAAGAGGAAAGUGAGGACGAUAGUGAAGAGUAUGAAACUACCAACACCUCAAAGGAGGAAUCGGAUGCAGAAGAGGACGAAAAGAAGGAGGAUAAGGUGAGCACACCCGCAGCGAUUGGAGAACAGAAAACACCAGAAAUUGUGUUGAAAAAAGCUCCUGUGGCGGAGAAAACCGACCACAAAUGCAAUGGAAUCUUGGAUGCGAUCAAAACGAUUGCCAAGGAGGACGACAAGAAGCUCUCCGUUCGCGAUAGAAUAUCAAUAUUCGAGAAUCAAUCGUCUAGUCCUCUGCUAGAAGUACCGAUGCGACAGAAGUCAAGCGACUCAAAUAAUCAGUUGAGAAAUACUUCAAUACAUAAAAUGUCUUGCGAUGAAUCCGAGGCGGAAGAUGACUCCGGUGUGACGUCUGAUAUCAGUAAACAAAUUUCAGAAGUGGACACCGAUUCAGAAUGUUUCCCGGAGAUGCGCAAAAUGACCCGUUACCAACGAGCAGCAACACAUUCCAGAUUGUUCAAGCUUUUGCAGGACGAAAGUAAUAACGGCGAUAGCGACGAAGAGGAAGCCGAAAGAAUGGCAUCGAUUGAUUAUGUUGAAGAACAAGCUGCCAACGAAGAGCAAAUCGCUCAUUCAUGCCACUCAAGUCUAAGCAAAUAUAAGGGAUCGUCUUUUGACGAUAGCUCCAGCACAUCAAACACUGCCAACAAUCGUAGAGAUCGUCUGUCACUGCCAAUAAGACAUCAAUCAUCGUCGGGUAUUGAAAGUAUGUCUUCUUCGACCUCAUCGGCAUCUCCUGUAUCAGGAGUUACGAAUGAAAAACUCGCCGAAGAACUAGUACAAAGUUUGCUAAUGAAGAAAAAGGGCAGACUGUUCCGCAACUUGCCACUAGACAAGCUCCAUGCGGCAGCGAUGAAAAUUUUACAAGAGGACUUGGAAUCUAAUGGCACUCUGAGCUCUACCGAGGAUAACAUUCUAACCGUAGAUUCUACACCGGCCUUAACUCCACAGGAAUUUAAAUCGGAAUAUCAAAACUCCUAUGCCGAUUACUACGACACGUGGAAUGAAACGAAUGGUAAGAGCUCGCCUUUAGAUUGCAGCCAUCCAGAGGCUUUGUCAUCGAAAGCCUUCCGUAGCCUGCACGAUGCUGCAAGUCCAGUAGCCCGGAGGUCAAGCAGUUGGUCAGCGCGAUGCCCCCGAGUGCUGAGUAACAAAAGUAUAUCCCGACUCGCCGAAGUGCGAGAAUCCGAUGCCUCCGAAUCCAGUGCUUACCCCCGAUCACGUCCUUUAUCACGAGCAUCCAAUCAGUCUCCCUUUCCCAAUUUUUCCGGGCUUAUAGAGGAAAACCCGUCCAGUUCGAGGAGUUCAUUCAAGCAAUCCAAAUUCAGUAAUUUAUGAACUGGUAGAAGCACUAGUUAAGAGAUCGACAUAUAAGUCAUAUAAGUUCGGUGACUUGGAACUCAUCACCGCAACGAAUGUUCUCGUGUUGUUAGUAAAAUUGCGUUGAAGCAUUGUAUUGAGCGUUUAGCGAACUGUAUAUUUAUGAGAAAAGUUCAGACCAAAUGGUAGCAGAAAGCAUUCAUAACAAAAGCAUAUCAUCAAGAUUUCAGAGAAACAGAAAAAAACAAUACCAAUGAAAGGAAAGAUUAGCUACAUUUGCCUUGUUCUUGUGCUGAGCUGUACAAUAGUUGAAUAGAACAGACUAUAAUCACAAUCAUAUUUUAUUACUACAGACACACUUACGUCACACACAUCUUAUAGUCCUGGCGAAACUGACUUCUGAGAGAGAGAGAGAAAAAAAACAAGGAAUGAACCAUUUGCCAAUGCAAAAACCGGCACCGAUGGCCUAAGGAUCCCUCACCAUAAGCACACACCAUCAUAGGAAUUGUUGUAGCAUUUUACUAGCUUUAUGGAAAGAAAAUUAGCAUUAAACUUUCGGUAAGCUUAUUGUUAAAACAAAACGAAAAAAAUGUAAAAAAAAAAGAUCUUCCUAUUCGAGUUUUGAGUUUCUACCUUAACAAUUUUGUCUUCAUUCUACUGUAUAGUUUGAAUCAAUUUUUUAAUAAAAUAAAUUUUGUGUGAGUGUGAGAUCUCAAAUUUUAUACAUAAAUUGAACAGUUGUGAAGUUGGUUCUGGCCUUGUUUCUGAAAUCUUGAUAAUAUUUUGCUUGACUUUUGUUAAAAUGCAUCUUCAUGUAGUCUAAAAAACGGUGCAACAGAAAGUAUCAAAUGAUAAAGCGAAAUGUGUCAUUGUAUUUAAAUGUAAGAAGAAAAAAAAAGAAUAUUGUGCUUAUUUUUGUUUGUUUUAUCAAAUAUACUAUUUAUUUACGUUGAAUAAAAAUACUGGAAUACCGAAAAAGUAAAACUCAAAUAUACAAGGCAGUACUUAAUUUUUGACGAACAGAUUCACUGUAAUAAACAAUAGAGUAACAUUGCGCAAUACAUUAACAAGCGAAGCAAUAGCCUGAACUGAUUUGUAACAUAAUUGAGCUGAAAAUAAAAUGUUAUCGAAUUCA